GGCAGGCCGGUGAUUUUCCACUGCCGCUGAUGUCUCUGGUCCCCCCGUUUUAAGAGACAAAGGUCAGAAACAGAGGCUUAUAAAUAGGCUAAAAUAUAGGCUACCGACGCGUCCAGCCCUCAGUCGCUCUCACAGACACAGGAGGACACGGACAAGACGAAACGGACAAGGGACCGCGCUCAAAGGACAUUAAAAGGACAAAAUAAUAUACAAAAUCACAUCAGCAGAGCAGAAUGGCACAAAAGGAGAAACUUCAAUGCCUGAAGGAUUUCCACAAGGACACUCUGAAGCCAUCUCCCGGUAAGAGCCCUGGCACCCGGCCUGAGGACGAGGCAGAGGGCAAACACCCCCAGCGGGAGAAGUGGGCCAGCAAGUUGGACUUUGUUCUGUCUGUGGCUGGCGGCUUUGUUGGUUUAGGAAAUGUCUGGCGUUUCCCAUACCUCUGCUAUAAGAAUGGUGGAGGUGCAUUUCUCAUCCCCUACUUCAUUUUCCUGUUUGGCGGAGGUCUGCCAGUCUUCUUCCUGGAGGUCGCCCUGGGUCAGUUCACCUCUGAGGGUGGCAUCACCUGCUGGGAGAAGCUCUGCCCCAUCUUUACUGGUAUUGGUUACGCCUCCAUUGUGAUCGUUUCCCUGCUGAAUAUCUACUACAUCGUCAUCCUGGCCUGGGGUCUCUACUACCUGUUCCAGUGUUUUCAGCCGGAGCUGCCCUGGGCCAAGUGCAAUCAGCCCUGGAACACUGGUCGCUGCAUCGAGGAUACCUACCGCAAGAACAAAACCCUUUGGCUGGCUGCCAAUGCCUCCAACUUCACCUCCCCCGUCACCGAGUUCUGGGAACAUAAUGUGCUGGGUAUCACCAGUGGUAUAGAGGAGAUGGGUCCUGUGAAAUGGGACCUGGCUCUGUGUUUACUGCUCGUCUGGGUCAUCUGCUUCUUCUGCAUCUGGAAGGGAGUCAAAUCCACUGGCAAGGUGGUCUACAUCACAGCCACGUUCCCAUUUGUCAUGCUCAUCGUGCUGUUGAUUCGUGGUGUGACACUGCCGGGUGCUUCUGAGGGUAUCAAGUUCUACCUGUACCCUGACCUCGCUCGCCUGAAGGACCCAGAGGUGUGGAUUGACGCCGGCACCCAGAUCUUCUUCUCCUAUGCCAUCUGUUUGGGUGCGAUGACGUCCUUGGGGAGCUACAACAAGUACAAAUACAACUGCUACAGGGACUGUUUGCUGCUGGGAGCCCUCAACAGUGGUACCAGUUUUGUGUCUGGCUUCGCAAUAUUUUCCGUCCUGGGCUUCAUGGCACAAGAGCAAGGGGUGGACAUUGCUGAUGUGGCAGAGUCAGGUCCAGGCCUGGCGUUCAUUGCCUACCCCAAGGCAGUAACCAUGAUGCCUUUUCCUACACUCUGGGCCGUUCUCUUCUUCAUUAUGCUGCUGCUGCUUGGCCUCGACAGUCAGUUUGUGGAGGUGGAAGGGCAGAUCACAUCACUGGUGGAUCUGUAUCCGUCCUUCCUACGGAAGGGUUACCGCAGAGAGGUCUUCAUCGCUAUCAUCUGCUGCAUCAGCUACCUGCUUGGACUCACCAUGGUUACCAAGGGUGGCAUGUAUGUUUUCCAGCUGUUUGAUUACUAUGCAGCUAGCGGUGUGUGCCUUCUGUGGGUGGCAUUCUUUGAAUGUAUAGCUGUUGCCUGGGUAUAUGGCGUUGAUAAUUUCUACGAUGCAGUUGAGGACAUGAUUGGCUAUAGACCAAAUCCUUGGAUGAAAUGGAGCUGGUCUGUAAUCACUCCUUUACUGUGCAUGGGCUGCUUCAUUUUCUCUUUGGUCAAAUACAAGCCAUUGACGUACAACAAGGUCUACAUGUAUCCUGACUGGGCCAUCGGAAUAGGUUGGACUCUGGCCUUGGCCUCCAUGAUCUGCAUCCCCAUGGUGGUUGUCAUCAAGAUCAUUCAAUCUGAUGGGCCGCUCAUUGAGAGGAUUAAGGCGGUGGCAGCCCCAGUUCGUGGCGGGGCCAGCUCCCGUCCUGCUGACCACCGUGGCCCCAAGGAGCUUACCUACCCGCUGGACCCCAAUGGGAACAAGGGCCUGCUGAUGAAGGCCCCCACCCACACCAUCGUAGAAACCAUGAUGUAAAGGAAUGAGGUGGAGGCUCUCCAUGAGAUCGCUCUCCUCUCCUCUCCUGUCCUCUAAAAUGCUUCUGAAGCUAGCUAGCUUUCUGUCUAUCUGUCUAUCUGUCUGUCUGGUGGACUGAUAAGGGUUUUAAGGAAAAAAACAUUUCCCGUUUCAAAUCUUUUAGGAGUACUUUGGAAGUAGUUUGCUGUUGGUGGUUUUCUCAAGAGGGUAGCGAUCACAUUUCAAAUCUAUUUCUGAAAUACUCACAAGCUGGAUUUUUUUUCCUGAUUUUUAAUAUUCAUGUGACUACACACGUCCCACUAUUGUCUUGUUUAAAGGCAGAGUGGCAAAUUAGCACCGGCCUCUGGUCAUAUGCUGGUAGGUUUCUUGUCUGUUCCAUGGGCUACUCGCAGAAAACAAGCCAUCUAUCUAAAAAAGGAAGAAAGUGGUUAUUGAGUCUUGGAAUCAAACAGCCUUUUGUUGCCACAAUAUGAGAAAGGUUUCUAACACUGAUCACAGAUCACCAAAAACUCUUUUUUUUACUGUUCCUUGCCCAUGAUGCAAUGGACAGGGCGCACUUAUCUGAGGGUAUGUGCCAUAGGGUUCAGCUCUGCCUAAUACUACCAGUUGAAAUGAGGCAGAAGAUCAAGGCACUACAGGUUUUUAUUAACUGUUUUUUUUUUUUUUAAACCCAUAUUACAAUUAGAGAUAUAUGGGUAUACAGUUGCAUGCCUCCUUUCAUUAAUUGGAAAUUCUGAGAAGCAUCAGCUGCAACAGGCAAGAUUCUUACUGAGAAAAUGACCAAACUUGCCUAAAUUUAAAAAAUGUGGAUGUCCCAAGGAAAAUGUCUCCACAAAUAUUACAUCCUGUAAAUUGAUUUAUUUCUGUUCAAAAUCAUGUCCAGUAUCAGAUAUGGAUACUUCUCUACCAACAAAACAUGACAAAUCAAAACUCAAGAGUAAAAAUCCAAAGCUGCAGCCACCAAAGUUAAACUCUUUUCCUUUGCUGCCUCUGUUUUUUUUUACAAUCAUAGACCAGCUGGAUUGGUAACCGCAUGCAUGAUGAAAAUUUGCCACUCCUUUGGACCAUUAAUACACAAAAUUGCCUGGUGCAGCUAAAAAACUAGAAAAAAAUCAGAUAAAUAUGUAAUUGACACAGUCAUCGUAGCCAACGACCCUUAUCAAACCAGGAUCCUGGUUCUUGAAUGCACCUUAGCACAAAUAUCCCCAUCUUCCAUAGCCAGAAACUAUGGGUCAAAGAGAAAACUAGCACUGAGACUGCAUUGGGGAAACCUGCUCCUGCACAAAGAGAGAGGUAUCUGAAAGGAUUUGAAGUGUGGAGGUUGAACCCUUGAGUGUGUUGUCUGUGGCGUACUGUACAGUAGUAGCUAAUCAGUCUAUCUAUAUCUAUCUCUCUAUCUUUCUCUGUCCUAGACCAGUUUACAGUACAUUAGUGACUGCACUAGGCACUCUUGGCUUACAAUUUUGGAUUGAAUUUAUUUUAUUUUCUACAGAGGAAGUUACAUUAUUAUUAGUUUUUCCUCUGUCAAUGUUUAGAUUUUUUAUUAAGACUAUAAUGUUAUUGGUAUUCACUAUUGAUGAUAAUUGCUGUAGUUUUACAUAGAAGAAGGAACACUUCUGUCAUCUGGUGAAAAUACUAAGCUAUUAUACAAAUCAUACAUUUACAGUGGCAGCCAUUGUAGUAUAGUCCUCAUCAUGCAUUUCUCCGGCGUUGGUUCUGCCAACGCCUCCGUCUUUAGCAUCACACAAACAAUGCAACUGAAUUUUCCCAAAUAUUUUCUCUCAUAGGGGGUGUGGGUCAAACAUCUAACGAGCAGUUCAAUGUACAGUAAAAAAUGGGAAUUCUACAAUGGCUCCAUCUGUAAGUUCGUAGAUGUUGGGGGUUUAUAGCUUUUCCUCUUCUGUAAAUACCAGGGGACAGUAUUUAAUUUGGAUAAAUUCAGCCAGACAGGGGCUCUGUAGCCAAUGGUUAAACAACAUGUCACCAGCUCAGUGACUCAAUUCAACCAUUGGUUGGAUGACACUCCCAGCAAAUUAGCCAGAGUCAGACUGUCGACUCGUCUGAGUGUCAAACUUCUUUCCAGACACUGUGAAAUGUGGCAGCUGGCUGCAGACACAUCAGAGCCGGUGACUGACAGAGUUUGGUCAGGCUUUUCCACUGUCAACUUGUUGCGUCACCUUACCUAAAAUUAGAGACGAAGAGGUAAUAGAGGUGGCUGUCAUCAUGUGGGAUGACCAGAAUGAGUUUUAUAAAACAUGCAACCUUAAAAUAAUUCUAAAUAAGAGGACUCUCACGCGUCGCCCACAUCGUCAUGUUGAGCAGUUGACAUGACUAGCGUUGAAACCAGCCACAACUCUGUUAAUCACUGGUACGAUGAGAACAUGUGCCCUGUGAUACACUAACAGUCUCUGAUUCAGUUCUGGCUGAAUUUUUUUGUUUUUUUUAACAAACACGAAAAUAAGACAACAUUACAUUCUACAGAGUAACAAGGGGCCAUAAUAUUAACGAUGUGAACUAUUAACAACUAAAAGCAGACUAUGUUAGAGGUAUGACGAAUACAACUGUUACAUUCAUUUUAAUAUGUCUGUGUAACAAGGGGUUUCCCAUGUGUAUGUGUCACCAGCGACCAUCCACUCAGGACCUUUUCUGUAGUGCUUUUAUCUACUGUAUAGCUGCAUUAACCCAGUGUCCAAAAAAUUAGACUUCUAACUGUGGGUGACAAAGAGCUGAGAUUUAAUGGUAGCAAUCAAAAUUUAUGUUUUUGUUGAGCUUGAAAGGCCGUUUGAUCAGUUCUUUGCCACACAGAAUGGAAAAUCACACCUUAACUGCCUAUUUUAUCCACACUCAGACAAAAAUACAGUGAGAGUGAGUCAAAGUGAGUUUUUAUUGCACCUUAUUUGUAUAAUUUGGACUUCAUAUCAAAUGAUGGGGCCAAAAAAAAAAAAAGAAACCAAACAAAACACUGCCAUCUUUUUAUUCAGGGUUCUCAUUGGCCUCCGUAUAAAAUAUCUGAAUACUGUCAAACACUUAAGGUUUUACCUUUAAGUGCGUCUGUUCUCCCAAAAGCAGACAUAUUAAAAUAGACGUUAAGAGACCAUUCAUGCACAUCAAAUAUACAGUUAUACAGUACACAUGCAUUGCAGGAAUUUGACCAACGUCACAUCAGAGGUGAUCAUGUGACCAGGGCCUCAUUUCGUGUUUCAUCUAAGCUUUGAUCGUAUUUUUUGUUGAUAUGUUUCAUUUCUUCAUAUAGAAUAAAGUAGUUCAUAUCAUUAAAAGGGAUUUGUGAAACCAAAUCCACAGCACACAUCUAUUUUCAUACUGUAACAAACUUUUCCUAUAUAAGUCGUCUUUGUAUAGCUAAGCUCCCAUUGCAGACCUCCCAUUUUAAUACAAAUACAAAGCUUCAUUUUACUCUUAAUCUUUUGUACAGAUCUGGUUCUCGACUCCCCUGAAGGAUCUUAGCACUAAAGUAAAAAUAAAUAAAGUAAAUAAAAAGUGAUUGCAUUAAUGUAGACAGGAAAGAUCUGUCAGCUUCUUCCAGCAAGAACAACAGCAGUUUUAUCUACACAGGUUUUCAGCUGUGAUGCAUCAAUGAAAUUUUGGGUUUACACAGAUUGAUGAUUUGUAGGAUGCACACAAUGGGAGAAUUAUUUAAUAUUGUGGAAAAAGAAUAUAGCUACAAGUAACAGAGCUAAAAAUAGUUUAAAGCCAUGCAGGUCUGUACUCUCACAGCUGAAAUAAAACUUUCCUUAGUGCUAAGAUCAUUCUUUUGGAGGGGAAAUGUGGACCAGGAAUAACUAAAGCAGUCAUUUAUUGGUUUAUUCUGCCUCUCUGUAUAUUUACAAUGUAUCAGUCCCUCUGCCUUUUUACACUCCCCAUCAGUUAGCCUACGUAAACCUUCUGUUAACCUAAGCUAACCGAUUUUUCUCAGAGAUAAUGAAUUUGCAAGAGAAUCGAAGCAUUAGCGAUGCACAAGUUUUUACCGCCGAAUGUUGAAAUGUGAAAGUCACCUGCGGGUGAAUGUAAAAGUUUCUGAAGAUUUAUUUUUUAGGUUGAAAAAAAAAAAUUAGUUUCUUUUUAUUUUUAUUGAUCUUGUUUUAUUGAAUUGAGCAGUUUCUUGUUUUGUUUUAUUUUUGAUUGUGUGUCUGUCACAUUUGCCUUUUGUAUUCCAAAUAUAGUGUAUUUGAACCUCUGUCAUUGGAGUAACAUGUACAACUAUCAAUCAAAAACAAACAAAAAAAGCUACGAUUUGUUACGUGCAAUACUUUGUAGAAUACUUUUAUUUUUCAUGCUGUUUUUCCAAAAGGUGGUACUAACCUUUGAAGUAAGAUGAUAGCCUGUGAAUUCUUGAAGUAGAAAAUUUGAAUCACCAGGGUCCAGUUAAAUUAAAACCUGCCACAAAAUGCUUUGCAGUGUGGAACUAAACCAAACUAAACCACUAUUCCAUCAAAGAUCACGUGGUUUGAAAUGCACUGAAAAUGAAAUGAUUACUAAACUUUGUCACAUCAAACUGAAUUUCUUAGCAAAAUACUAGUGUUUGUUUUUGUGACAGACUGCUAUAUAGUGAGUUUGUGAGGGGUAUGAAACUCAGUAACACUGCCACUAAGCCCACCAUCUUUCUACCUGCCUACUUAUAUCAGGACUGCUGUGUUGCUAAAAAAUCAGGCAGCUUUCCAAAAGCACCACCAAAGUUCACCAUUCCAAUCUGCAGAACAUCAGCAAUACCUGCAAAAUCUAACCAGGACCCUUUAUGGCUUGUAUUUCUAAUUUGCUUGUGAUGGAACAAAUACCUUGAAGUCAUUUUGGCUGCUUUUGGGAAGCCUGUCCCUCAGCAACAAAAGCAGCAAAUCCAAUAAAAAACAGAUUACACCAUAUCAAAUGUGGGCUUUUCUUUUAAAACCUUGUAUGCAAUUUCUGCAUUCUGCUUACUCAGACAUUUCUAUCUAAAUCUGACUCUGCUCCACCAAACCCUGCAACCUUAGUGCUCUAUCAGAGAAACAGAAAAAUGUAACUACAUCUACACAGGAACAGAUGACAGAUGAUUUUAGAUUCUAUGUUGCCUCCAUCAUGUUCAUUACUGGUAGGAAAACACCAACACAUCUGCAGAUUGUCUGUUUCUGUGAUAUAGCAGCAACAUUAAACCAUGCAGAUGUGACCUCUGGGCUAUCCAGAGGUGACACAACAUCUGUUUUCUCACUGAAGUCACUUUUAGUGUGGUUGCAAAGG